AUGGGAUCGUCGUCCGGCGCCAUUUCUAGGCAUCUCAAGGUCCUGCUGCCAUCUUCCACCUCCCACAAUCUGCGCAUCUCCGACGAGCUCACUCGGCACUGGGACGGCGGCGCCGGGGGCACGGCGCUCCUGGUCAGCCCGUUGGGCAAGGUCUGGCGCGUCCAGGUCGCUCGGGACGCGGGUGGCGCGUUCCUGGGGCGCGGGUGGCCCGAGUUCGCCGCAGCGCACGGCUUCGGCGCCGGGUGUUUCCUCGUGUUCCGCCACGAAGCUAGCGGCGGCCUGCUGACCUUCAAGGCCUUCGACACCACCUGCUGCCUCCGAGAGUUCAGCCGCCCAAUCAGUGCUGCGAACCACGGCGGCAGUGGCGGCGGUUCUCACAGGCCGCAGUUCAUCAGUGUGCUUCUCCCUCCCUCCAUGGAAAAGAUGGGCAUCCCUCCCAAAUUUGUCAAGAACUACAUCUCUGAACUCGAGACGGGAAGCUCGAUUUCCAUCCUCCUCAGCCCGCUGUGUAAAUUCUGUCUCAUCACCGUCGAGAAGGAUCAAUCAUCAGGUACCCUUUUCUUCUCCGGCGGCUGGUCCCGGUUCCUGGCGUCCCACGGCAUCAUGGAGUAUGAUGUCCUGCUGCUGAGGUACGAGGGGAACAUGGUGUUCACCGUCAAGGUGUUUGGACCUGACGGCUGCCAGAAAGGUUGCAAGGACCAGGGCACCAGUAACAAGCAACAAGAGCAGAGUGAUGAAACGACAUUUUCUGAUACUAAGAUGGAAGAGGAAGAUGCUCCAUCUUCCAGUAGGAAACGCAAGCGCAUGGAGAAGAAGCCAGGCGGUGAAGACAAUUCCAAGAGGCCAAGAAGUCCCACAACUUCGUUGAACAAAGCGCCAUUGUCAAUGAAUAGGCCAGUCUACGAGAUCGGACCACCAUCCUGGAUGAAGAGGGAGAUCAGUGCCUAUAUUCUCUCAAAUCACCUUACAAUUGCGUGGACCUUCUGCAAGGCGAUCGGGCUUUGCAGCACGUCCGAGGUCACGCUCAGGACGACCGCGGAUGAGGAUCAUGGCCUCAGGUCAUGGCAGGUGCGAAUCAUGGUGUACGAGAUUCGCCAUUCGGGUGAGCUCACUCGGGGUUGGAGGAGGUUCUGCGCGGAUAACAGGAUCAAGGCAGGCGACAUCUGCACCUUCAACAUCAUCGAGACCACAUUGUGGCACGUCGACAUCACGCGUCAUUGCAAGGACCAGGGCACCAGUAGCAAGGAGCUAGAGCAGAGUGAUAAAACGACAUUUUCCGAUGCCAAGACGGAAAAGGAAGAUGUUCCAUCUUCCAGUAGGAAACGCAAGUGCAAGGACAAGAAGCCAGACGGUGAAGAGAAUUCCAAGAGGCCAAAAAGUCCUACAACUUCAUUGAACAAGGCCCCAUCGCCGUCAAUUGUCUAUGAGAUCGGACCACCAUCCUGGUUGAAGAGGAAGAUCAGUGCCUAUAUACUCUCGAAAAUCUUGUAUGUUCCGGGGAAUUUCUGCAAGGCGAUCGAGCUCCGCAGGACCUCUGAGAUCACGCUCAGGACUACGGCGAACGAGGAUCAUGGCCUCAGGUCAUGGCAGGUGCGCUUCUUGGUGUAUGGGAAAAGCAAUAUGCUCACUCGGGGCUGGAGGGGGUUCUGCGCGGACAACAGGAUCAAGGAAGGCGACAUCUGCACCUUCAACAUCAUCAAAACCACAUUGUGGCAUGUCGACAUCAUGCGUCACGGCUAAGCCUUGUGUACUGGGCAUCAGUUGGUCAUGUAUGAAAUGAUGCUGCCUAAUCUUAUUCAUGUCUAUUUGGUUAAGAACUGAUCGAACUCUUAUGAGGCCUGCACUCCAUUUUCUGUUAGGGAUAUAAGUUAACAAUGCAACUCUAGCUAGGACAUGUUUGUAAAAUGCCUAGUGUCAGACAAUCUGUGUUCAGUCAGUGAACUAAGCACCAUUUGCAGUUCUAAA